AUGAAUUCGCCUAAAGUAAAUUGUUCACCUUCAUAUAAACAUGUAAGAGCUAAGCAAAAACAGUCGCCAAUAGCUUUAAAGGAGAAAAUAAGAAAGGACUAUAAAGAUAAGGUGCAAAGUUGCCGCAACAUUCUUCUUAAUAAACUUCGUGGAACUGUGGCCGAAUCAGAAAUUCGGGAUACAUUGACAAAAAUAUAUAAAAACAUGUUUAAUUUUCCCCCACUUGGUGAUAUUGAUGAAGAAGAAAACGAUGUACUUGAAGAAAUAAAAAAUGAACUUAUAGAAGAACAAAUUCAGUGGUGGUUGAAAGAAUAUGAAAAAUCGCAAAUGGAUGAUAUCGAUUGGUCAACAUUGCAACAAGAAAAUGUUAUUUGCCCAGUAUGCCAAAAAACAAAUUUUAAGUACGAAGAUGACAUGAUUUCAUGUUCCACUUGUAAUAUAAAAAUUAAAUCUCAAAACUGCCUAUUAAAAAUUAAACAAAACAUUUUUGAAUCAAUAGAAAAACAUAAUGUUCAAUGUAAUAAGGCGGCAUCCUCUGCAGAGAUGCGUACGCUCGAGUCUCUACUCGGCUGGGAAACAAAUGACCCCGAGGAUAAUAUUGUCUUGAAGAGGAUAAUAAAACUAAUUGAUGGUCAUUUACCAUUGGGUUGGAAAGAAUGGAAAAUUAGAGUCCUUGAUAAGGGAGACUUAUUGGGAAACGAAUUUGAUCCCCAAAUUCUUAACAAAGUUAGAUUUGCCAUUCCCACUGUUGGACUCGCCAGAGCUUUUUCUCCUGAGUGCACAUCGCUAAAGGAGAAAACUUAUAGAGAUAAUAUAAAAUUAAAACUUUUGAAAUGGCCACUGUGUGUGGGCCUUAUUAUACAUCUAAUGUCUCUGGCUGCAAGAGUACGAGGUUCAGCAGUCCGGAAUGAACUGAUAAUAGCCUCCAUCUCUGACAUGAGACCACUCCUCAAAAGCAGAGAGGAGGCAAAUAGGGAACUGGCAGCGCAAUCUGAACAAUCUGAGGAUGAAAUAUCAGUUCCUUCUACAAGAACUUCAUCUAGUAGGUCCAAAGAGCCAAGUCGACUGGACAAAUUGGAACAAGGCCAGCGUAAAUUGGAAAAUAUGCUGGAACAAUUUAUUAAGAGUUUUCAACCAGAAGAUCACUCGUAUUCGGGCUCGGAGAAGGUCUCAACUUCCCCAGAGCCAUCAGAAGAUGAGGAAAAUGCCCCUCAGCUUUCAGUGUCAUCACCAAAGCCUUGCGAACCCCCAACAUCUUUGGUAAAUGAAGACUUCGACUGGACCCCUACUACAAGAGAACAAGAACCUCUGAUACCAACCCCGAGCCAGCACAUAGCCACACAGGGUACUGAGUGUCAACGUUUAGGCAAUAUACCAUUUUAUCAGAUUCGAUAUGCUGAGGUUCAGAAGAAAUUUCAUGCUAGCCCGGUCUUCGGUCCUUUAAAGGUCAACCCUCACGACCUAUGGACCCCCUUCCAAUCAAGAUCAAUUGGUUCGAAUGGACUACACUCUGGGCACAAUUUCCCAUGGUCUUUUGCUUCAACGGGAGGCACUAACUAA